CGAAAAUAGAGCCGGUGGCGCCGUCUGGCAACUCUGACAUCAGCUGGGAGUGUAAACAAAGCAUAAAACCAGGAAGGUCUUACAGAACAGAGACAAUGUAGCAUAAAUAACUGGACGAGAGAACCAGAUCAUCAGAGAAGCAAUGGCGACUGGUGUUGGUGAUCGUCUGUCAUGGAGUAGCCAUAGCAUAGUUCUGGCUAACAGCUUGCAUCGCCUCUAUGCACAGUCUAGUAUGCUGGAUGUCAGAUUGGUGUGUGAUCAAGCACACAUCUAUGCUCAUAAGGUUGUUCUGGCAGCGGGAAGUCAUUUCUUCUGGGAGCGCCUGCAGUCUCUAGGUGCAGGAAUGGUCGAGUUACAGAUGUCCUCUGUUAAUCUCGGAACACCCAUUACCCCAAGUGACUUGCGAGCAGUAGUGGAAUACAUGUACUGUGGAGAAUUGUUGGUGCCACAACAUCGCUUGCCCUAUGUUCUGGCCUUGGUGCGUUCUCUCCAAGUGUUUGGUUUUCAGACAGACCUAGAGUCUCAGUUUAUGACACCGAGUGAAAUCCAUUAUGCAGCAGAAACUCCAAAUGUGAUAGAGGUACCAACUGAAAGUCCCCAUGUAACACUAGAAGAAACAGUGGAGAGCAGUGGUGGCUUGGCUGACCAUACUACCCUACCUCUGCUGACUGUGAAACCACAGGAUCAGAAUAUUCUUCAAGAUCCUCCUAAAUAUUCUGAGCCUUUGAAAUUGGACACAAACCUUGGCACACAUGGGUCAUCCACAAAUAUGUCCUUCAGUGAACUCUGCACAGCACCAGGGGCAGAGGGAGAUGUUUUUGCUGUUCAGUGUAGUCAAGUCAAGCAUAAUAUUCCUUCAGUUUUUGAAAGUUCUGUCCUAGAAGAUAAUUCUCUUGUGUUUAAGACUCGUCCUCCAGAAUGUAGUGAAGUUUUCAGCAAGUCUGAUGGGGAUGUGUAUAGUGGAGCAGUUCUGAAUCUCACUAGUGAACCUGAUGCCUCAGAUGAUGACAACAGAAUGGUAAAUGUGGGCAAAGAUGACCGAGGAGGCCAGCGAGAUCCAAGACAAACUAACACCUGUGUUCUGGAGGGGGACACGGAUGAUGCUUACAAUACUGUUAUGUUGUUGGAAGCACUAGCAGGAGAGGCAGCUGGAACUCCUACUCAGGCCGUGGUGGAUGUUGACAGUAUUUUCCUGCCUGAAGAUGCAAAGAUGGCUGUCAGCCCAAGAUGGAUACGGUCUCGGAAGUCUCUUAGGGCUUCAGCAGAGUCCAGAGCUAGAUUGAAAGUUAAAGAUAGUAUUGGUGGUGUAUCUCUGCAAGACACUUCACAGAGACAGUCAACUGUGUGCCCUUCGCUUCAAGCUGCUAGCCCAGGGGAGGAAGCUAACAUCAGUGAUGCUAAGGAGAGUUGGAUGGUGGUGGUGCCAGAAAAUGCUGGAGGAAUUCCUCUUGUUCAGCAAGCAACCAGCAUCAACACAAUGCAUCCACAACUUUCUCUACCUCACUCCUCACAAGACAUAUCUCAUGAUCACACUUCAACAGUUCAUGUGGACUCAGCAUCACUAACUAGUCAAGCUACAAUUCCUUCACUGGCAACUGUUACCAUGGCAUCCCCCAUUAUUAGUCAGGCUUCAUGUGCCAGCUCCAUACCUGUCUUAACACAUUCCUCAGUCUCCAAUCCUGGCACAUUACUUAGCCAUUCUUCGAUUCCAAAUGCAGCUUCCUUAUUAACACAGUCAUCAUUACCCUUUACUCCAUAUAUUCAACCCUCCCUUCUUUCCACGACUGUCCUAAAUCAGUCUGAUGUAACACAGCCACAUCAGACAUUGUCUACUAUCCCUAUGCAGGUACUUUCAGCACAGUCUCUGGACUCUGAAGUAUCAGUAUCAUAUUCUCCAAAUGCACCAUAUACAGGCACUUCCAGCUCAGUUAGCAGUCAGUCAUCUCUUCUUCCUGUACAUGUUCAGACACAAGGCUCAGUGGCAACUGUCCUUCCCACCACACAGACUGCUAUUGCUUCAACAUCUCCCACUACUGCAAGAACAAGUUCAGCUGUUACUUCACAUUCUGGGGUCUCUUCACCUUCUUCACUUGUCACAUCAUCUUUCACUCCAGUUCCUCUUGUGUCCCAUUCAUCUGUAUCUUCAACUCCUGAUCUUAAUCCUUCAGGAAUUUCACACUCUGGCAUUUCUACUCCCUUAAUCAUACAGCCAACCAUUGCUAGUAACAUCCUUCUAACACAGCCACCCAUUUCAGCUCCAGUCUUAGCAGCUCCAUCAGUUAUCAGUACACCUAUACUUACCCAACCAAAUCCCAAUAUCAGUCCAGUAGUUAUUCAACCUACCAUCCCAGUGGUUCCUCCUCCUGCUCUGUCUUCCAGUGUAUCCACUGUGGAUCAUGCAUCAGGAGUAUCAGAAUUAACCUUUUCAAGUUCAAAUUCAACUGCUCCCAGCAGCUCCUCCUGUGUAACGACAUGGUCAAAUUCUCCUGAACUCUCCUAUACAAGUGCAUCAAUGGUAGACUCACCAAAUGUGUCCCUGUCUUCCAGUUCCAGAUCAAACUGUCAUAGUACUAUGACAUCCACUUCACCAUCACAAGAAAAUGACAUUCCUUCUACACCAUCUUCCAUAAUCCUUUCUACAAGGAGUUCAACAGAAACUACUACUAUUGUUACACCUAGCAGUAGUCUUACUACUGCUACUGUAACUUCUGUCACCUCUGCUACCAUUAAAGAAUCUUCUGAAACCACAAACACAUGUACAAGCCCUAUCAGUGUCACACCAUCAAGCCCAGAUCAGAUGCCAGAAUAUCCUGCUGAAAGUGAGGAAGAUGAUAGUCAUGAAUGCUCUCACUGCCCCCGAGCCUUUAAGACAUUGGAUAAGCUCACUUUACAUCUCUGGGAAGAACAUGAGAUUGGAACUAUAGUCAAAUGUCAGCUGUGUGAUUUUAGUAGCCCCCUGCAAAGAACACUGGUUAAACAUGCCUCCUCACACAUAACAAAAGAUAACAACAUAUGUGCAAUAUGCAGCAAGAAGUUCAAGACACGUGCCACAAUUAAAACCCAUCUCCGGGUACAUCUUGGGGAAGAAGUUAUGUACAAGUGUGACUCCUGCCCAGUGAUGUAUAGCCAGAAAUUUAAUCUCAUUAAGCACAUGGCCUCCAAACAUCAGAGGGAUGCUGAUGGGCAGCCUCUCACAGAACCACUCACUUGCCCCUACUGUGCCUUUUCCACACUUGCAGAAUACAAACUAAAAGCUCAUAUUGUCCGUCGUCACACUGUUGAUAAACCCUUCAAGUGUGACCAUUGCACAUAUGCAACAACAGAGAAGACAGCUUUGGCCAAGCAUAUAAGAACACACACAAAGGAGCGCCCCUAUAUCUGUGAAACUUGUGGUUUCCAUGCCUUAACACUAAGUAGCCUUUGGCGUCAUCGCCGUAGCCACACAGGUGAAAAACCCUAUGAAUGUGAACAGUGUGGCCAGCAGUAUGCAGACAGCAAGCGUCUACGAGAUCAUAUGUAUAAACAUAAUAAUGUCAAGCCAUUUAUGUGUCACAAAUGUGGCUACACUUGCAGACGAAAAGACAAUUUACAGACUCAUCUUCAAAAAAUGCACAAAUUAGAGGAUCAGAAAGGUGGUGUUGUAACAGAAUCUACAACUCCAUGUUCUG